UUCCGCAGCAGUGCAGCCCUUCACCGGGAAUGGCUGGCCUGGGAGGCGAUGUGAGGAAGGAGAAGGGGUGGAGUUACUGAGGUUUCUAUGGCAGGGAUGCUGUCCUGUGUAACAAGCAGUGGGCGUGGGUGUGGGUGCAUCAGGGAGUAUGUAUGCACACGUGUCUGCGUGUACAUAUGCUGAGGCUGUGUGUGAAUGGACUGGGGAUGUGUGUGACAGACUGACCUGCAGGCUGGCCACCGUGAUUGGUGCCUGUGCCUUUCUUAGCCAGGCUCAGACUGUUCUUUUGUGGCUAGUCCUCUUUGCAAGACCUGAGAUCUAAAUCCUCUCUCUGUGGGACUGACAUCUGGUUACACCCAUUGGUAGUCCACAUCUCAGAGCUGGGGGCUCUGUUUUAAUUGUCCACUCUUUGCUCUCUUUUAGUCCGUUGGGAGUAUCCUUGGGGCAGACCUGUGUGCUAUGUGUCAUGUACCCAUUGGUUCUGUUCCCAUUCCAUGGGCAUCUCUGCUGGUGGCAUGGUGUGGCUGUGCUCUUUCUGGUGAAGGUCAACUGCCUGGAUCUCUAUUUGCUGAGAGGUGUUUUCCAGUGUGUGCAGCCCCCAUGCCUUGUGGCGAAGGAAAGACCUAGCCUUUGAUGGCUGAGUCAUGUUUAUCCCCCUCCUCAUAACUUUCUGUAUAUAACCUUAGUGUUCCUCUCCAGUAUUUUCUAGUAUCAUUAAGUUGCCUGCUCUGAGCUUUAUACUGUCUUUAAGGUCUGUGUUCUCUGUGCCCAAAUCUGCACCAUCUGGCAGAGGUAUGUUCAAGGGUAGCUUUGAGCCCGUUCCUCUAUUGCUGAACCAGAGACUCCUGGGUGGUCAUAUGGUGAGAGCAUUUGAUACUUGUGGGUCAAAGCUUUGCGUACCACUCUACGUACUGAGGCAAUCCUGGCAGUGAAUGAGGGGGCUCCUGGCAGUGAAUGAGGGGGUCAAGACAGGAAUGAGGUAGCCAGAAUCUUGCAGAAUUGGUGGAGUGGCUACAGACUUGCCCCUUUUGGCUUUUGGUUGGCUCCCAGUGAGUGUGGGUGUGCAUGUGUAGUGCUGUGACUGUGAGCAUUCAGCACAGGUCCUGGGAGAAGGGACUAUCAGCACUGAGUCUUCUAGGCCUGGGUUCAGAAAUCAUGGAGGUUACUGCCUGUUUGUCAUGUCCAGUGAACCCCCAGCAAUCCUCUGCAGUCUCCUGAUACUCUGUAAUGGCUCUGGGUCCUUGGAACCUGCUUUGUUCAUACUAGUAUUGCUGUGGAGGCCCCAGGACACCCUGGUAGGAGGUGGUUUCAGGUUAGGUUUUUCCUGAUGAGCUGGCACAUACCACUUAUAGUCUGCCUCUCCUGGAGGAUGUUAGAGGUAGUCUAGGGCCAUCUCUGUGAAGAUGUAUAGGCUCAGGGUUCUUGGGCUUGAAAAGACCUUGUGCCCUGAAGGUGAGGGCAGGAGCCCAUCACUUCUCUUCCUUUGAAUCUGCCCUUACUCUACCAAGAAAUGGUAUCUCUCAUCUUUGACUGUGCCAAGUUCUGUUUUCUCAAUGACCUUCCUUGCUUAGCUGCCUUUGCCCUGUGCUGAGCCCAAGAGCCUCCUGCCUUCUCAAUGAGUGGGGUUCUCUGUGGGAAGUAUUUUGUGGGUCCCACAGGCUGGUAAUCACAAACAUGUGGGUGCAGUGCCUGGGGCUUUGCAGAACAUGUGUGCAGCAUUUUUUUCUGAGAGUUCUCUGGGAUGCUCCUAGGCAUGACAGGGGCCAUUUCUUAAUCUGUUUAUGGCCUAUACCCAAAGGUAGAGAGUGCUGGUAUGUGGGCUCAGACUCCAGUCCUCCAAAUGCUAGUGCCAUCUCUCAAAGUUCUCCUCCUAGACAGUUUGUCCCUGCCAGAUGAUGGGUUUGGAACAGGGGUUGGGGGUUUAGGGGCAUGAAGUCUUAGUAACUGUCCCCUACCCAUACUGGCCCAUUUACCCAGUUGCCAGUCAGCUCCUCCACUCAGCAAGGGUCCUGUCCCCCAUCCCAUAAUUAGGGCCCAGAGGACAGCAGUGGGUAGAAAAGCUGUCCUGGGACUAUGGGUUCUGAUAAGAGGGCUUCUCCUCCCUUUCUUCCUUUCUACCCUUUGACCAGCUGGCCCUGCCCACUUCCUAUCCCCUAGGGUAGUGGUUUUAAGGACGGUUGGGCUCUCCCUGUAGCUUGCCCUGGCCAUAUCAGCCUGCUUUGCAUCUUCCAGUUGGGAGCCAGGUGUCUUGGCCUAGCACUGUAAAUGUUAAGGCCUUCUUCAGUUCUGGAGUUCCUCUGUCUCACAAGUUGGCUGCUCCUUCCCUGGAUUUCUGGAUUCCCUUGAACUCUCCCAGCCCCCUGUUUAUGGCCAUUUUAGGGUUCCCCCUGCUUGCAUUUGCACUUGGUACAGCCCAUGCCAGCCCCUAAGCUGUCCUGGGGGACUGGCUGCAGCUUCACUAGGUAAACAGGCGGGCAAGGGGCACAGGGCUGCUGACUGAGUGGACUGUACUGUGUAGAGGCUCGGGUUGGUCUGGGGGCCCCUCCGCUGCAGCCUGCCCGAUCCCUGCCAGGCCCCGCCCCUUGCCUGAAGCACUUCCCGCUGGACCUGCGCACGUCUAUGGAUGGCAAGUGCAAGGAGAUUGCCGAGGAGCUGUUCACUCGCUCACUGGCAGAGAGUGAGCUCCGCAGUGCUCCUUAUGAGUUCCCGGAGGAGAGCCCUAUUGAGCAGCUGGAAGAGCGGAGGCAGAGGCUAGAGCGGCAGAUCAGCCAGGAUGUCAAGCUGGAGCCAGACAUUCUGCUUCGGGCCAAGCACGAUUUCCUGAAGACGGACAGUGACUCUGACCUACAGCUCUACAAGGAGCAGGGUGAAGGGCAGGGUGACCGAGGCUUACGGGAACGUGAUAUGCUGGAACGAGAAUUUCAGCGGGUUACCAUCUCUGGAGAAGAGAAGUGUGGGGUGCCAUUCACAGAUCUCUUGGAUGCAGCCAAGAGUGUGGUGCGGGCACUUUUCAUUCGGGAGAAGUACAUGGCCCUGUCGCUACAGAGUUUUUGCCCCACUACCCGCCGCUACCUGCAGCAGCUGGCUGAGAAGCCCCUGGAGACACGGACCUAUGAGCAGAGCCCUGACACUCCCGUGUCUGCCGAUGCCCCAGUGCACCCCCCUGCCUUGGAGCAGCACCCAUAUGAGCAUUGUGAGCCAAGCACCAUGCCUGGGGACCUGGGUUUGGGUCUGCGUAUGGUGCGCGGUGUGGUGCACGUCUAUACCCGUAGAGAGCCUGAUGAGCAUUGCUCAGAGGUGGAGCUGCCAUAUCCUGACCUACAGGAAUUUGUGGCUGACGUCAAUGUGCUGAUGGCUCUGAUUAUCAAUGGCCCCAUAAAGUCAUUCUGCUACCGCCGGCUACAGUAUUUGAGCUCAAAGUUCCAGAUGCAUGUUCUGCUCAAUGAGAUGAAAGAGCUGGCUGCCCAGAAAAAAGUGCCACACCGAGACUUCUACAACAUUCGUAAGGUGGACACACAUAUCCAUGCCUCAUCUUGCAUGAACCAGAAGCAUCUGCUGCGCUUCAUCAAGCGAGCAAUGAAACGGCACCUAGAGGAGAUCGUGCAUGUGGAGCAGGGCCGAGAGCAGACCCUGCGGGAGGUCUUCGAGAGCAUGAAUCUCACUGCCUAUGACUUGAGUGUGGACACACUUGACGUGCAUGCGGACAGGAACACCUUCCACCGCUUUGACAAGUUCAAUGCCAAAUACAACCCUAUUGGGGAGUCUGUCCUCCGAGAGAUCUUCAUCAAGACUGACAACAGGGUUUCUGGGAAGUACUUUGCUCAUAUCAUCAAGGAGGUGAUGUCGGACCUAGAGGAAAGCAAAUACCAGAAUGCAGAGCUGCGGCUCUCUAUCUACGGGCGCUCGAGGGAUGAAUGGGACAAACUGGCACGCUGGGCUGUGAUGCACCGAGUGCACUCUCCCAACGUGCGCUGGCUCGUGCAGGUGCCCCGCCUCUUUGAUGUGUAUCGCACCAAGGGCCAGCUGGCCAACUUCCAAGAGAUGCUGGAGAAUAUCUUCCUACCACUGUUUGAGGCUACUGUGCACCCCGCCAGCCACCCAGAGCUACACCUUUUCCUGGAGCAUGUGGAUGGUUUUGACAGCGUGGAUGAUGAGUCGAAGCCAGAAAAUCAUGUCUUCAACCUGGAGAGCCCCCUCCCGGAGGCUUGGGUGGAGGAGGACAACCCACCAUACGCCUACUACCUGUACUAUACCUUUGCCAACAUGGCCACAUUGAACCACCUGCGCAGGCAGAGGGGCUUCCACACGUUUGUGCUGAGGCCACACUGCGGGGAGGCUGGGCCCAUCCACCACCUGGUGUCAGCCUUCAUGCUGGCCGAAAACAUCUCCCACGGGCUGCUUCUGCGUAAGGCCCCAGUCCUGCAGUACCUGUAUUACCUGGCGCAGAUUGGCAUCGCCAUGUCACCGCUCAGCAACAAUAGCCUCUUCCUCAGCUACCACCGAAAUCCGCUACCUGAGUACUUGUCCCGUGGUCUCAUGGUCUCACUGUCCACUGAUGAUCCUCUGCAGUUUCACUUCACCAAGGAGCCACUGAUGGAGGAGUACAGCAUUGCCACCCAAGUGUGGAAACUCAGCUCCUGUGACAUGUGUGAACUGGCCCGCAACAGUGUGCUCAUGAGCGGCUUUUCCCACAAGGUAAAGAGCCAUUGGCUGGGACCCAACUAUACUAAGGAGGGGCCUGAGGGCAAUGACAUUCGCCGCACCAAUGUGCCAGACAUCCGUGUGGGCUACCGUCAUGAGACCUUGUGCCAGGAGCUAGCACUCAUCACGCAAGCCGUCCAGAGUGAGAUGCUGGAAACCAUUCCAGAGGAGGCAGGCACAGCCACAAGCCCUGGGCCUCAGUGAGCCUGGCCUGUGCAGUGCCCACCCCAUCUCAACACCGAGACAACCUUGAUGUUUUGUUCGCUCCCGCUCCUCCCAUCCUUUUGUGUUCUCUGCAUGUCUCUAUACUUUUGUUUGAGUCCUGCAUGUCUUUGACUAUGUCCUGUCCCUGGGCCACCUUAGUGAAAGCAAUGCCCAGGGAAUCUGCUUUAUUAUGUCCUGGUUCAGGUUGCCCCUGAUGGCCAAGAUUUAAGGGCUUGCUGAUGGCCCUGUCCCAGGAUCCUCAGAAGCUUGCUUGUCCUGUGAGUGUCGCCAGUAUCCACAGAGGCUUGGGAGGUUGUGAGGGGCUGGCCCCUUUAGCCUCUUGGGUCCUGCCUGGGCAAAUCGAGCUCUGGCUGAAGCUGAAGUUUGAUCCCCUGUCUCAUUUAUGUGGCUGAGGGGAGUCUUGUGCACCUGUGCUGUGGGCACCAGGCUCCGAGGCUCUGUGGAGCGACUCUGUUGUAGAGUUUGCUCAUGGCCCUGGGCUACCUAGCCUGCGGGCAUGGAUUCGGGCCUCCAAGGUGCUGGACCACUGCCUCUGCCUAGUCAUGUCCUAGCAGACUUAUCUGUCCUUGUCCAGGUCCUUAUGCUUCUCCUCUGGAUCAGGUCCCUGUGCUUCUGUGGGAGGGAGCAGUACUUUUUUGCUGUGUCUGGGGCUACUCAGCUGGAGGGUGCUGGAUCUGCCAGUAGCACUGGGGGUGAUAACACCUUUGAGGUCCCCAGAUCUUUGUCCAGACCUAUAUCCCAGCUGACCCCCUGUGUUGUAUUCUAGACUGAGGCCUUUACUAUGAAAAGUAGCAUUUCAUAUGACCCAUUUUCCUAGUGCAUGAGAAAUAAAGAUUAUUUAAGUAAUGAA